AUGAAGGCGUGGCCUGCUGGUGUCGCAUACUCUUCACAAGAAAACACACAUAGCCUCACCCGAUACGCUUCUUCUUCUUCAUACUCUUCUUCCCCUCCGUCCAUGGGAAUGGUUUAUGCUGAUAUGGAUUCUCUUUCUCUUUGUUCCAACUAUGGUGUGGUUUCAUCUCAUCAAGAUUGUUAUGUCUCCAACGGCGGCACAAACUGGGGUUUGCCCUUUAUGAGGGAAUGCCUUGGGAGGAACUUUGAGGAACAUCCCACCAGUGAUGGAGCGGAAGAGGGUAAAGGGUCUGAUAGCAGUGAUGAUGGGGGUGGGGAAGACAGUGACAAAGUUAACCAUAAUGCUAAUAACUUUAACGACGAGAACCCUAAUGACAAUUCUAAUAGUGGUUCAGGGCAUUCCAAGCUCUGUGCAAGAGGGCAUUGGAGACCAGCAGAAGAUUCCAAGCUCAAGGAGCUUGUGGCUCUUUAUGGCCCUCAGAACUGGAACCUCAUAGCCGAGAAGUUAGAAGGAAGAUCAGGCAAGAGUUGUAGACUGAGGUGGUUCAACCAGUUGGACCCGAGAAUCAAUAGGAGAGCGUUCAGUGAAGAAGAGGAAGAGAGACUAAUGCAGGCACAUAGGAUUUAUGGCAACAAAUGGGCCAUGAUUGCAAGGCUUUUCCCUGGAAGAACAGAUAAUGCAGUGAAGAAUCACUGGCACGUUAUAAUGGCCAGAAAGUACAGAGAGCAGUCUAGUGCCUACAGGCGGAGGAGGCUGAGCCAAUCUGUUUACAGGAGAGUGGAGGAAAACACAACAAGCAGCAUUGUCUCUAGAGACACAGCCACUGCAGGGACAGAACCACCACCACCUUAUUGUCUCAAUCUCCCAAAUGGAGGACUUGCCAACAACAAUAACAUGCCUAGUUUCCCAUAUGCUGCUGCACCCUUCCAUGGAGUAGUUUCUCCUCCUGGUGGGGUUGAGUAUAGCUUAAAUGGCUCACCCCACAUGACUUCUUCCAAAGAAGCAAUCUCAACCACCAAGCUGGCCCCUCCUCAUAUUGCCUUGUAUCCUCAACAAACACCACUUGAUUUCUUUUCGGGUGCUAGAAGCAAUGACAUGGUGGGAGACUAUUUUGGCCAGAAUCAUCACCAACCGUCUGGUUUCUACACUCAUUACCCCCAAUAUCUGAUGCUAAUGCAACACCAAAACAAUCACAACUUUUACGGUUUCUCAAAUUCCACAGCACAGAUAUUGGGCAGUGAAGCUUCACUAUCAUCAGUGGCAGAACGCAGAGAUCAAGCCAUGAGCAGUGACCCCCCAGAUGCAAUUCCACCUCCAUUUAUUGACUUCCUUGGAGUAGGAGCCACAUGA